AUGUGGCUGGUACGACUGAGUCUCCAGCCUUGUUGGUCUGGCGUCUGUGUCCUCCUCCUCGUCCGAGUCCAGACUGUUGCGUUGCUUGCCACUUUCGGCCGGCCCAACAAGACGCCAUGUUCAGGCUUCCUUUCACCUUGCACCACACUUACACGACCGAGGUCGACUAAGUUCAUGUGUUCAAGAACCAUUGAUAGUCUCAAAACCUAUUCAUAUAUCCAAGUUUGUACUGACUAUAGCAAUCGACCAAAUUACAUAUUUUUGUUUUUUUUAUAUACUUUCGAGACCACCGGUAGAUCUUGA